AUGUUCCGUUACGCUGCUAAGAGGACUCUCCUCUCCUCCAACAGGGUGUUUAGUGCAAACUUGGCCACUAGCACCGCUGCCGCUAUCCCAGACCUUUCAGCCAUGAAGCUUGAUUCCAACAAUUCUCAAGACCUUUACUCGGUAGUCAAGAUUUACAAGAAGCCUUACCUUGUGACAAAGGGUGACAAGAUCGUGCUACCAUUCAAGCUCAAGGACGCCGAAGUUGGUGACCUGCUUAUCUUAAACGAAAUCACCACCUUGGGUUCCCCACAAUACACCUACCAAUGCGAUAAUGGAAUUCCACAAGAAGUAUGUGAAGUGCUGGCCAAAGUUGUUGAAAUCACAAAGGAACCAUACUACGAAGUUGUACGUAGGAAGAAGAGAUGUAGAAGAAGAAAGACCAUCCCAGUGGAACCAUUCCAAACCCACUUGAUGAUUAACGAAUUGAGAUUGAAGUAG